AUGAAUAUCUCCGCCUGGACACGGAUAAAGUUACAAAGCGGUUCUCUCGCGUAUGAGAGACGGUUGGGAGUCACAGAGCUUGGCUUCUACUGGGAUACUGUUUUCGAAAGGACGGCAGACACUAUUCAGCAUGUUGAACUCGAAAUUCUACAAACCGAUCGGAUGGACUUGAUCGAUCCAAUAAAUGUAGAAAAUACCUGGUUGACUCUGAAGCAACAAUUUCCUCUCCUUGGUACUCGGCUUGAGGAGCGCGAAGAAGGAAAAGAGGUAUUUUUCGUGGUCGAUCAGGCGCGACUUGUCCGCUCUAGACCGGAAGAAAUAGAGUACUGGACUAUUUCUUCAGGCGAACAGGCGCAAGCAAUUGUUGACAAAGUCGUAAAUGAGCAAAGCCUUUCAAACAACCUCCCCGCCAAGGUUCUUUUCCUCCCUCGAAUUGACCAGCCAAACACCUUUCAUUUAAUUUUCAUCAUCGCCCAUUGCAUCACAGAUGGAACUGCUAAUACCACCAUAAUAAGAACUUUCCUCGAUUAUCUUUGUUCCGCUUCCUCUCGCAACACGACAUGGCCUCUAGAACAACGUCUAGCGUUGUCAGUAGCAUCGGAGGAAGUUGAUCCCAACCGCCAUUUGAGUCCUGCGAAAAAAAGGUGGCGACGGGCAAUUGGACAUACCAUAGCCGCCAUCAGGUCGUCGAAGAUAUCGGGCGGUCACACUCUGCCUCGCAAGGUGUCUCCAGUAACACGGUACACACCAGCCCGCUCCAGUCGAAUCGCAUGUUCGUUUUCGAAAGAGCUGUCUCAUUCAAUCCUUCAAACCUGCCGCCAAAAUCACAUAACAUUUGGAAAUGUAUAUCCGGUAAUUGCGCAGGUAGCCCUUACGAGGGUCUUGUGUAGGCGUUAUAUCCGAGGAGAGAUCAGCGAAAUGGAGUGGCAGUUCAGAAGGAGGCAGCCGAUGGUAACCGGUGGGCCCCUUAGCUUAAGGCUAUUCCUUGAUCAAGAGUGGUUCAAGCAAGGAGGAGCAAGUAACGUUUCUCUGGCAAUCAGCUUCUUUGACUACACCCUUCCAUUCAUGCCGUUGGGUUCAGCCUCGAGUAUUUCUCCAGGCAGUGCUCUCCCUGCUUUCCACCAACUUCUGUCACCUCAGAGAUUUUUGUUGCGCUGCUAUUCAAUCAAGAGACAGGCUGCUAAUCUUAUCAAACACCCUCUUUUCUUAGAAAUGGCUGGAGCCCGUAUGCCACAGAGAGCAGAAUCGUUGAGGAACUUCGGUUCCCAAUGGAGACGGGACAGAGCUGCCCCACAGGACCUGGAUGACGGGGUUAUAUCUGCUGUUGAACAAGCUUCCAUAGGUCCUGUUUGGACCCACGGGGGAUCAAGUUUCGGAAACGCUGAUCUUCUUGUUCCACGCGAAUACCCCACGACCGCUGAACCCUCGGCAGCGCAUCUCAUCCGUAUUCGAACAUCCACCAAUCUGUUGCGAUGUCGACCAACAGAAUUAUACCUUGGAGCAACAACAAUCCGGCAACAGCUCCAUUUGCAUGUCUUUUCUGAUAGCAAUGUUUAUGAUCAAGAAACGGUCAAGGAAUGGUUAGAGGAGGUCAAAGAUGCAACCACGUUAUACCUUGGUUAG